AUGUCGGCCCCGUCCUCUUUCCUGGGCUAUGUCUCGGACGAGAACCGGGACGACGAAGCCCAGAGCCAGGCUAAGUCGACACCCCGGCAAAAGCCCAAAUACCUGCAGUACCCUCCAGACGUGCCCCGUUUGACGCGUCUCGGUCUUUGUACUUACGGUGUGAACACGGGACCGGUUGCUGAUGAUGCCGACUUGACCAAGCUCACAGUCCCUAUGCUCAAAGAGCAGCUCGCCAUGAGGGAGAUGCCCGACAAUGGCAAGAAAAAGGAGCUGAUGGAGAAGCUGGGGGGCUGGAGGACCUACAAGCCCGAGACUGUUGCCAUCAGGGAGGCACCCGAAAACCAUGCCUUUGGUCCCAUCUCCCAGAAGACCAGUGCUAGUGGAGAAAAACGCUUCUGGGCCAACCCGGAAGAGAAGGGUCACAUCAGCGCCACCAAAAAGGCUAUGCAGGAGUCGAUGUACAUCAUCAAGCAGCAGGACAACUAUGACGGCUCGCCAGGAUUUACUGUCGACGUUCGCGGAUCGGGCUCCGAUGCCUAUCAAGUCAAGGUUGGCGGAAAGACUUCCUGUACCUGCUCGAGCAUUAACUACCGGCCCAAGAGUAACUGCAAGCAUAUCAUUUUCGUCCUGACGCAUGUUCUCCGUGCCCCGGCCGAGUUGCUCCCCCAGAGAACCCUCUUUCGUGAAGAGCUCACGAAGCUUCUCGACCGCGCGCCUAAGGUACGCUUUACCGCGGCCGAGGCAAGCACCGACACCUCUAUGUCAGAUGGCGUCCCCAAGUCGAAGGAUGGCAAGUGCUGCCCGGUCUGCUUCAAGGACAUUGGCAAAGCGCAGACAGUCUGUUGCGCCAAGUGUGGCAACCACACGCACUCUUCUUGCUUUGAUGUGUAUGCAGAGGAGCACAGCGGCUGGGGUGUCAAUUGUGCCGUUUGCCAGGGCGACUGGUCGCCAGUGGCUGUCUAA